GGACUAGGCUGCUACUGGAAACAAUGGGUCAUAUACCAGAAAGAAGCGGGCUAAAUGAAUAAAAUACGCAAGACGAUAAGUUUACGAAUUGCUUUUCGACUUCAUUAACAAGUAGCCGCUCCCGUCUUGUCGUCGAGCCUUCUACUGAAUCUGAGUAUAUUAGUUAGCUACGUACUUUAUUAAAGAGACCGAUGUCUCAAUUAAUUGGAGCUGUAUUAAGUUGCACCGAGGUUCGGUCUAACCUCCUGUAAGUAGCCAAGGGUAUUUCAGGAAAAUUGAAUUGGAAAAAAAAGAAGCCUGGUUUUCUCCGUCAGAGAGCUCCAGAAGCGUCUCUGCUUAAAGAGGGAAGGAUGAACGGCGGUGCACUGAUUGAUUGACAGGUGUCAUGUGUAGCUGUCCUUUCAACAUCCAUAGAGUACUGACCGGACAUCACAAGCACACAUUAAAUCUCUAAAGCAAAACCAGGGAGCUCUCUCACUCUCUCACGCAAGCAGUCGCAGAUACGCACACACACACACACACACACGCUUUCUCCAAACCCCGGCCCGCGUGUGUCAGCUGCCCUGCGUGCCGAAUGGCGGGAGUCCGUCCGUACGGGUGCUUCACGCACGCCAUCGUCCGGGGCAUCCCGGAGUCGUUCGGGGGGCCGGUGGAGGGGGGGGACCCCGACGGGGGGCGCGGGACGGACCUGGCGAAGGCCCAGAGGCAGCUGGGGGUGCUGACGGGGGCCCUGAGGCAGAAGGUGGGGCUGCAGCUGAUCGAGCUGCCCCCUGACCCCGCCCUCCCCGACAGCUGGAGGCUGGAGGACCUCGCCGUCGUCCAGGGCGACACCGCCCUCGUCACGCGCCCAUGGCAACAGCAGCGGCGCGGAGAGGCUGAGGCGGUGAGGCGGGUGCUGUCGGAGCUGAACCUGACCGUGGUGGAGAUGGGGGGGGAGGAGGGGGGUUCCGGGGGGGCCACGCUGGAGGGCAGCGACGUCCUCUUCACCGGGAAGGAGUUCUUCGUGGGAAUCUCCUCCCACACCAACCACAGAGGAGCAGAAGUCCUGGCCGACACCUUCAGGGACUUUGCCGUGUCCACUGUGCCGGUAUGCGGAGGCACUCGUCUGAAGAACAUCUGUUCCAUGGGCGGGCCCGACACCAUCGUCAUGAGCAACAGUGAGGGGGCCAAGAAGACUCUGAGGAUGAUGGAGCAGCUGACGGACCAUCACUACGAGGUGCUCGCUGUCCCUGAGGACGCUGCUGCCAACUGCGUGUACAUCCGGGGCCCCUCCAGGGGCCACUUCCUGCUCCACCGGCCAGCGGACGAGUGCCCCAACAGCACGCCUGCCUUUCAGAAGCUGACGGACUAUACUCUCCUGCCCACUGCCUGCAGCGAGGCCUCCAAGCUGGGGGGGGCGCUGUCCUCCUUCUGUCUACUUAUCAACCGCAAGCUGCAGCUUUAAGCGUUCUGCCAGCACGCCCCCGGAGCUGAACCUUCCAGCCCUGCGAAUCGGCCAAUAGGAAGGGCCGAUGCAGGUGCCAUUCCAAAUGCAUUAUGACAUCAUAACACCUUCUUCCUGUGAGGGGCACACUUCCUAUUGUCAGAAAAGUCCAUGGCAGACCACUUUCCCAUUGACCACUAAAAAUGUUACAAAAUGUCACGUUUGAACAUUUUCCACAGCACGCCAGUGGAAAAAACACUACGUUAGACUCAUUCAUGGCCAGAUACCCCAGCUACGCCACACAAACAAUUUGCAGCAUGAAUUGGAUUAGAUGAGAUUAGAAAUCAAGCUUCACUGGUGAAUGUGAACUGUAUGAAAACAGGGGAGACUGAUCAACACUGAAUUGUCAAGAGAAAUGUCACCCCUUUAGACUGGCUUAGCACCUUGAAAAUGGAAAGUUGGUGCUUAGGUACUGAGAUUGGGUUCGUGUACAUAAAGCAAGCCAGCUAACAUUCGGUAAUCUCCUGCAAAAUGUAAAGUUUUUUUUAGUUUUUUUUUUUUUUACCAAAGGCAUUUUUUUUCCCAGAGAUCCUGCACUUGCAGUGUGACUUCCGUUUGAAGUAGAAUAAAGGCCCGUACAAGGAACCAAACGUUCUUAUUUCUGAUGCAUUUUAACCGUGAAACUAGGCGCCUGGUCUUCAAAAUUUGCCCAGACUGGCAACGGGAGUGCAUCUUCACUGCUGGGCAAAACCCAUGCUAACUAUCCAGCCACUAAUAUUGAAGGAACUGCAUAACCACUGCACUGCUACAAUAUAACUGCACCUAUUAACACUACAAAUGUAGGCUAAAUAUGGAUCAUAUUAUAUUAAUCAUAUGGUGGUCAAGCUAUCAAUCAAAUCCAAACAAUCAAGUUAAUGUUUUUCCUGUGUAUUUUUUGUAGACCAGGUUAUUGUACCUUUUAAGCUUUGUAUCUGAUGGAGAGGAGUUUUUGUUCUGCCUUGAAUAAAGCCAGCGACAAUAGAAA